AUGAUUUCCGCAUCUGCCUUCAACCGUGCAAAGAUGUUGCAGAGCCAUCUUCGCUCUUUCUCCACAUCUGCAACUAUAUCAAACAAAAUCAACGUCAAGAACCCAAUCGUCGAGAUGGAUGGUGAUGAAAUGACAAGAAUCAUAUGGCAAAAGAUCAAAGACGAAUUGAUUCAUCCGUACUUGAAUGUCGAUUUGAAGUACUACGAUUUGGGUAUUUUGAAUCGUGAUGCCACCAGUGAUCAAGUCACCGUUGAUGCUGCUCAUGCAAUUCAAAAAUAUGGGGUUGGUGUCAAAUGUGCAACUAUUACUCCAGAUGAAGCUAGAGUCAAGGAAUUUGGCUUGAAGAAAAUGUGGGUUUCUCCAAAUGGUACCAUUAGGAAUAUUUUAAACGGUACUGUUUUCAGAGAAAGUAUCAUCAUUCCAAGUGUUCCCCGUUUUGUCCCUGGAUGGAAAAAACCUAUUGUUAUUGGAAGACACGCAUUUGGUGAUCAAUACAAGGCCACAGACUUGGUCAUCAAGGAGCCUGGUACUUUGGAAUUGAGGUUUACACCAGACAAUGGUGGUGAAGCUCAAGUGCACAAGGUGUACCAGUACACUAGUCCUGGUGUUGGGUUAGCCAUGUACAACACUGAUGAGUCGAUCACUGGGUUUGCUCAUGCAUCAUUUAGAAUGGCAUUGAGCAAAAACUUGCCAUUAUACAUGUCCACCAAAAACACCAUUUUGAAAAAAUAUGAUGGUAGGUUUAAGGAUAUUUUCCAAGAAAUUUACGACAAGGAGUACAAGGAGCAGUUUGAACAGCAAGGAUUGUGGUAUGAGCACAGGUUAAUUGAUGAUAUGGUUGCUCAAAUGAUCAAAUCACAAGGUGGGUUUGUUAUGGCUUUGAAGAAUUAUGACGGUGAUGUUCAAUCCGAUAUCGUCGCCCAAGGUUUUGGUUCUCUUGGUUUGAUGACUUCGGUUUUGGUUACUCCAGAUGGUUCAGCUUUUGAAUCGGAAGCGGCUCAUGGAACAGUCACUAGACAUUUCAGAUUAUACCAACAAGGUAAAGAGACAUCAACCAAUUCUAUUGCUUCAAUCUAUGCCUGGACUAGAGGUCUUGCUCAAAGAGGAAGGUUGGACAACACCCCAGAAGUUGUUGAGUUUGCUGAAAAGUUGGAGAAAGCAACCAUUGACACUGUACAAGUUGAUGGAAUCAUGACCAAGGAUUUAGCUUUGACCAUGGGCAAGACUGAUAGAUCUAGUUAUGUGACUACUUUUGAGUUCUUGGAUGCUGUGGCAAACAGAUUGAAACAAUAA